CGGCGCAACGGCACGAGCAAAGCGACCAAACAACCAAAGCAACCCACGCAAAAGUUCAGUUUCUCAGUGUCGCUCAGUGUGAACGGGUUUCUUCGGGUCUGGUUAAAGCCAAAUAAAAACAAAUAACCGAAAAAAAAUAAAUAUACAUAAGUGAUAAGGAUUUCCAGCUCAACUGCAGUCGAGUUAAAAUUAAAAAAAAAAAUAAAAAAUAAUUAUAAUAAAAUGUGGCGAAUGACGCAUCUCCUGCUGCUGGCACUCAGCAUUGGAUCUCUGUGGAUGUCAGCACACGCCGAGGAGAUGUCGAGCGACUAUGAGAAUGAGAACGAGAAUGACUAUGGGGAGGAUGAUUCAGCGCGCUCGCCUGGCAACCUGGCCAAGUCGACGGCGGCUCCACUGGUGCCCUUCUUCAACCAGAAGGCGGCCGUCGUGCACGUCGAUGCGAGUGCGAGCAAUGUGAAGAUCGACUGCCCAGUGAAGAACUACGAUGCCAAACACCAUGUGAUUCUCUGGUAUCGCGAGGAGACGCUGGUCGUGAACGGCAAUCAGUCGGUGAUCGACAUCUACAAGCUGGACAGCCCGUUCGUGCUCGUCGCCCCCCUGGCCAAUGCGACGGGCCACAGCUUCCACUGUGAGGUGCUGCCGUCGGGUGUGCGGCGCGACAUCUCCGUCAAGCUGGCACCGACGCCACCCAGUCCUCCGCAGCCAAACGCGACGCCCGCUGGCCACAGCUCGGCCCCGCCAGCGCUCAGCUGGCCAACAGCUCUGAAAUGUCUCAUUCUCGGUCUACUUAUCCAUGCACAUUUCUAAGCCACAACAAAAUCC